UGCGAAGCUAUACGGUCUAAGACGAAGAAGCCAAGUCUCUCUAUGACUCUAUAUACUUUAAUCGCCAAAGCUUUGUCUAUGACAGCAAACCGAAGAGAUCUACACAAAGUUCACGCAUUUAUAAUCCUAUCGGGCAAACAACAAUCUGUAUUCUUUUCCGGCAAGCUAAUUUCCAGGUACUCAGAGUUCAAAGACCCUCUGUCUUCGAUAUCCGUUUUUCGCUUAAAUUCACCUACGGAAAAUGUUUAUUUGUGCAAUACCAUCAUUAGGAGCAUGACCCAUAAUGGGCUGUUCUCUAUGGCAUUGGAGUUUUAUACCCAAAUGAGAAAUUCAGGAAUUAAGCCGGAUAAUUAUACUUUCCCUUCAGUUAUUAAUUCUUGUGGUAGUUUAUCUGAUAUGGAGAUGGGAAAGAGUGUUCAUGAUCAUGUGUUGGAAAUGGGUUUCCAGUCGGAUUUGUAUAUUGGCAAUGCUUUGAUUGAUAUGUAUGCUAGGAUGAAUGAUUUGGGGCGUGCGCGGAAAGUGUUUGAAGGAUUGCCUAGUAAAGAUGUGGUUUCGUGGAAUACUCUCAUUUCGGCGUAUAGUGCCAAUGGGUAUUGGGAGGAAGCAUUGGAGGCUUUUCAUCAGGCUAGAUUGUGUGGUGUGGUGCCUGAUUCUUUUACUGUGUCAAGUGUUCUUCCAGCAUGUGGGGGCCUGGUGAAGGUUGGGGAGGGGCAGAUGGUUCAUGGGUUGGUGGAGAAGAUGGGGACUAAGAAAGAUAUGACUCUUAGUAAUGGGUUGCUGUCAAUGUACUAUAAGUUCGAGAGGCCGAUGGAUUGUCAGAAGCUCUUCUGUGAGAUGACAGAUAGAGAUACAGUUACCUGGAACAUCAUGAUUUGUGGGUAUUCACAGUUGGGUUUCUAUAAUGACUCAAUCAAGAUGUUUCUAGAAAUGGGUUGUGAAUAUAAACCAGAUUUGAUGACACUCACUUCUGUUCUAAAUGCGUGUGGUCACGUGGGGGACUUGAGGUUGGGGAGGUAUAUUCAUGACUGCAUAGUGAGAAAUGGAUAUGAAUGUGACAUUACAGGUAACAACAUUAUAAUUAGCAUGUAUGCAAAAUGUGGUGAUUUAAUGGCUUCAAGGGAAGCUUUUCGCAGCAUGAAAUCCAUGGAUUCGGUGUCAUGGAAUUGCUUGAUUAGUGGUUACGCUGAUAAUGGAUUCCAUAAAGAGGCAAUAGAGCUUUUUAAAACGAUGAAGAGAGAAGUGCUUCCUGAUUCUGUAACUUAUGUGACUCUUCUAUCAGUCUGUACUCAAUUGGUAAACGUAGAUUGUGCGAGGGAGCUCCAUUGUGACAUAAUUAAGAAAGGAUAUGAAUCCAUGACUCUUCUUGGCAAUGCUCUGGUGGAUAUUUAUGCCAAAUGUGGACAAAUGGAGGAUUCUCUCAAACAAUUUGAUAACACGAAUUCUCGAGACACUGUUACGUGGAAUACUAUUAUUGCAGCAUGCAGUCAUUCCGAGGAUUGCUCCAUGGGAUUUAGAGUGGUUAGGAGAAUGAGACUUGAAGGGAUGAUGCCAGAUAUGGCUACAAUUUUAAGUACCCUACCUUUGUGUUCCAUGCUUGCUGCCAAACGACAGGGCAAAGAAACGCAUGGCUUGGUUCUGAGGUUUGGUUUUGAGACUGAUAUCCCUGUUGGGAAUGCAUUGAUUGAAAUGUACUCGAAAAGUGGAAGCUUGAGGAACUCGGUAAUGGUAUUCGAGAGCAUGAAGACAAGAGACAUAGUCACUUGGACAGCAAUAAUUACGGCAUAUGGAAUGUAUGGCGAAGGAAAGAAAGCUCUGAGAGUUUUCGAGGAGAUGAAACAAACUGGCAUUGUUCUUGAUCACAUUGCAUUUGUUGCCAUAAUAUAUGCAUGUAGCCAUUCAGGUCUGGUACAAGAAGGCCGCGCUUGCUUUGACCAAAUGAAGAGAAACCAUCAGAUCGAGCCUAGAAUUGAACAUUAUGCGUGUAUGGUAGAUCUGCUGUCACGAUCUGGGCUCCUAGCUGAAGCAGAGAAAUUUAUUCUCUCAAUGCCAUUGCAGCCCGAUGCCAGUAUAUGGGGAGCUCUGCUUAGUGGUUGUCGAGCAAGUGGAGACACCAAAACUGCAGAGCGUGCCUUACACCAUCUCUCUGAAUUGAAUUCAGACGAUCCAGGCUACCAUGUCCUAGCAUCCAAUAUGUACGCUAAAUUGGGAAAGUGGGACAAAGUGAGAACGAUAAGAAAAUCUCUGAAGGCGAGGGGGCUGAGAAAAGACCCUGGAUGUAGCUGGCUAGAGAUACACAACAAGGUUUAUGUUUUUGGUACUGGAGACAGGUCCUUUGAACAAUACACAGAGGUCAAUAGUCUGUUAAGGAUCCUUUAUGGCCUGAUGGCUAAAGAAGGUUAUGUUGUGAACCUGAGCUCUGUGUUGCAUGAUGUCGAUGAAGAUGAGAAGAUAGACAUGGUUUGUGAGCACAGUGAACGGCUAGCCAUAGCGUUCGGGUUAAUAAACACCAAACCGGGUACUCCUCUGCAAAUAAUGAAGAACCUCAGGGUCUGUGGGGAUUGCCAUACUGCAACUAAGUAUAUAUCCAAAAUUGUACAGAGAGAGAUACUGGUAAGAGAUGCCAACAGAUUUCACUUGUUCAAGGAUGGUACAUGUAGUUGUGGAGAUCUUUGGUGAUGGCUCUUCCAAAUGUUGGGGUUAUACCUCAACCCAAUGGGCCUAGCUGGUGGGGUUGGUCCAACAACCCACAUUGAUGAAAGAUAGACAAUCGAGAUAAGUUGCACUAAAAAGGUCAUGUGCGAUAGGCUCGACUAAGAGGGUGUUGGCCUUCAAAUAUGAGAAUUAUGUUUUUCCUGUUCGAGGGAAAUCCCUAGAGAACUACACGGAGGUAAACCGUAAACCAAUGCCUAUAGCUGAUCGGCUCAAAUUAAGAAGGUUAAUAGAUCACUCUUGC